CUUGACUUUGUUUCCACAUUCGAUCAGUCAGACAGCCACUGACAUUUGAUCUUUUCAAAAGAUCGGCGAACGGGCGACUCGUGUGAACCGCGAUGUGUGUUUAGUGCGGUACUCAACUUAGACCACAUGGAAUACCAUCGAAAGCACCACCUACGUGUAGCACAGCAAUUUGUUUGUUCACUUUAAGACUCAGCCCCAACAAAACGUCCACUAAGCUGGCCCAUUGAUUAGGCAAUUCGAGACAGCAGUAGAAAGGAAAAAGCAUAAUAAAUAACACAUAAAUCGAGUACAAAGACGCCAAGCCGUUGACGAAAAUGCCAGCAAAUAUGAAAGAUUUUCAUCUUGAAGCAUUCGCAAUAUGCUGUUUCAUCAUGCUUAUGGCCAGUGAGUACCAAGCUGCAUUGAACGCACAAAAGACAUCCUUCUCUUGCACAGGACGACCAGCGGGCUACUAUGCAGACGUAGAAACUGGCUGUCAAGUCUAUCACAUGUGCGAUGGCUUGGGCCGACAAUUCAGCUAUACCUGUCCCAAUACAACGCUCUUUCAGCAGCGCAUGCUCAUCUGCGAUCAUUGGUACAUGGUCAACUGUUCCAAGGCUGAGAGCAACUAUGCGGCCAAUCUUCUGAUAGGUCAGCGAGAUAAACCAUUUGUGAAUGAUGAGGAGAAUAAUUUGCGAACGCCACGUCCCGAUCUGCUAGACCGUCCCUAUGCACCAGACUAUUCUGGCGAAUCCUUUAGAAACCAAUACAAGCAACUGACGCCAAGUCAAAAUCAAAUACGUGAUGAUUCCACAAAGAGCGCCGAUAAAUUUGAAUCACAAAUAGCACAAAAUAGUCAAACACGCUGGCGGAUUCCCCCACCCAGCCGUACUAUCCUCCCGCCUGCCUUUGAGCCACAAAUAGAGCUAGCCAGCAGCACGUUACCACCCCGACCCAGGGUAAGCAGCAGCAGCAGCAGCACCACCACCACCACCACAACCACUAGCACUCGCAGACCCGCCGCCAUUACGCCUCCAGUGCUACACAAGCGUACGGAAGCUUUGUAUCAACGUGCUGCGGAUGCGGAUGCGGAUGACCUGGGCACGAGCCACAGCACACGCUACAAUACCUCAGCGGACUUUAAUUCCGCUGAGCUGGCAACGAAUAAAAACUCCACCAAACUUGUCAAGUUCAUCAAAGCGCCAUCGAAAAUCUAUGAGCCUCCUUUCGUCUAUCCCAUUUACAAUCAGGACGUUCAAGAGGUGCAGCCGGUCACAGAAGCAUUGCGCACUUCGUCAGCUGUGCCUUUUAGCACCGCCUCGACUCAGACGCGUUUUUCAGUGGCAGUCGCCAGACCCAGCACCACUGCGAGACCACUCAGCCGUCCCACCACAUACGCCGGACAGCCCUUCUCUCACAGCACGGUUGCCACCACGGCGAGCACGACGACCAAUUAUCGUCAAGCUGUGGCACAUACAGAGCAUCGAACACCCACGCCGGCGCAAGCAUUUCGCCAGACCGCACCCACUUCCACAGUGGCUCCCAAAAUAGGAGGCAAGGGCGAGCUGCCUUUUAAUGAUCUGCUGCCACCAUUUGUGGACUUUGUGCCGCAUGACAUAGCCACAACUCAGGGACCGCCCAUUUACUACGAGUGGAAGGUGCCCGCCAAUGGGCUGGUACCGCCCAAACUGGAUCCGCCCAUAGGCGUUGACGGACGUGAGUACCCGGAGACUAAAGGUGACUACAAUGUUAAGGUUAAACUGGAGAGCUUCAACUCGAAGUUGAAUGACAUUACCAGCCACAAUGCUGUGGCAGUAGCUACUGGAGUUGCACCUAAGCGCUUGCCCAUAUCGCGUUCUAUCAAGCCCAAUGAACUGCCUCUAGGGGCCACCGAGAAGGCACAGCGACGUGCGGAUGUGGUCAGCACCAGCUCCAGUUCCAGCUCCUCAUUGACAUCGGAUAUAACACAACUACGCAAACAGCUGCUCAUACCGGAAUACGCCUUUCCACUGGAGACUAUCGGACGCACGGGCUAUGCACCCGGCUCAAGUGUGGCCGGUGAUCUUUACAACUCGUUUCAGCUGAAGAUACCUGAGCGCAGUGCCGUAACUGGCAGCAGCAGCUCAUUAGGCAGCAGUUCCACUCAAGACAGAUGGUUCGGCGAGAAUCCUAAGUGCCCCGAGUGCCAUCCAUCAUUUGUUGUGCCCGGCACCUGCGAGCCCUGUCUGCGUAGAUAGUUAACUUACUCUUAAGCUCCAUAUACCAUAUACCAUAUGCCGCACCGACGCACCUUCCUAGUAUUAGAUGACAUAAUAUUCAUAACCGCCCAAGAAAAUCCGCCUUCGCAUCUUUUCAUGCAUUUAAAUGUUAAUUUUAUUGUAUACACUCACAGUAAAAAUAAUGCGCAUUAAAUAAGUGAGUAAAAACUACGUAUAUUCAAACAUGAACCACGGUUCACAAUUGCUACGUUCCAGGUGGUAAGUAGUAUUUGAUAAUUCAGUGUUAUAGCGAUGCAACAGUUAUGCUUGCCUAAAACGGCAGACUAACCACAUAGGUAACUUGAUAAAUUCAACAGAGAUGGGCGCCGAGAAGCCUAAGAGUAAUUUGUAAUUUGCUGAUGUAAAAGUCUUAUCAAUAGGCCUAUAUAAAAUAUAUAUGUAUAUAAUUAUUUGUGAUGAUAUUGCCUGAUAUCGGUGCACAGUGACAUGGUUCCGUCUGCAGUUGUUUUUUUCCUAUGCAACUAUUUAAGAUUAUCUACAAUUUGACAUUCAACAAGACUCAACUCACAGUCUCUCUGACUAUGACUUGGUACCUUCAACAAUAAAAUUCAAUAAUGCAGUUUAAAUAAUUUGAAUAACCUUUGAACAGUGUCAUUCGGUGCUUGUGACUCAUUAAGAUCAGCUUCAUCUAUAUCGUCGCGAUUAACUGUAACUCUUGUGAUUUUAUAUACAAUAUGCACUAUGCAAUUGUUGCUUUGUGACUCUGUUUAAUUUCUCAACACAAAUCAUUUAAUACAGCAAAGACUUUACUUGGAAAUUUAGAAAAAAGUGUUCCAAAAUAUUAUUUUAAUAGUUAAAAUCUGUUUUUCAUAUUUUGUCAAGACAGACAAUUUCGAAUUGUUACAAUUUGUUCGCAAUGCCUAUCCAUAAUUUUGUUGAUAUGACAUUCGAAAACAUAUAUAUACAUAUUAGUGUGUAUAGAACGCGUGCAAACAUUUAAUUUGAAAGGCACAUUUAGAUAAAUGCAUGAUGUGUGGGACUCUAAUUCUUAUGGUUGUUGGCAUGAGGGAACACUUGGAUGUCAGAGCGAUGUUCCACAGUCGAUCAAA